AGGUGUUCAGUUUCUUUCUCGAUGAACCUUGUGUGGAGAUUGCUCCAUGGAGAGAAACAAGACGCUAGCCCAUAAGCUAGCAAAGCAGGGUGCUGUCGAGGCACUUACAGCACCGUUAAGGCACCGAGGGCUGAAUACUAAGGCGCUUCAACGAUGAAGCUCUACAGAGGUAUGCCGACCGAGUCACAGGUCUCAAGAAUGGUGAUGGUGAUUUUUUUAGCACUGAGCGUGCCAACGGCCGUGGCCCACAUAUUGGGCAGCAGCGAUCAAGGCAGCGGCGACUGUGAGAGCAUCUAUAGGCGAUACAGCGAGGAUCACAUACUGUGCCGGCAGCGCCCGAGCAACUGCCACGCUGUUGCCUCGGGCGUCGAAGACGCCGACAAGAGCACCAUCCUCGCAACACACAACCGCUUCCGGAGUCAAAUCGCAACGGGAAAUACCGGCUCGAGGCUGCCCCAUGCUUCCAACAUGCUGGAAAUGGAAUGGGACGACGAUCUUGCCAGAGUGGCGCAGGCCCAUGCCGAUCUUUGCACUAACCAGCCAUCCUGCCCCUCAUGUAUCAAAAUCGAGAAAUUCCCAUACGUCGGCCGCACUGGUUGCGUCAUACGCACGGAUUCUGAGGACCACAGCCCUGACUGGGAAGGAUGCAUAGGAUACAUGUUUAACGAGUCCCGCAGAAUUCCCAUCGCAGAUUCAAGUACACCAUUGAGGACAAUUCGUGGAGCCGAAAGUUUCACUCAGCUGGUUUGGGCCACAACCUGGAAAGUUGGAUGCGGCUAUGUCAAAUACCCGUCUUAUAUUCUUCGCUUUGAGAAGCGCUACACGUGUAUCUACGGUCCAGGUGGUAAUAUCCGAGGCGAGGAUGUUUACAAAGUUGGGCCAGCCUGUUCGGACUGUCCUGAGGGCACUUGCUGUGGAAGAGCUUGCCAAAGAUACAGCGUCACUCCGUUGUACAACGGCUUGUGCAAGGUUAUCGACGAUGGCCCGAGCGUUCCUUUGGACGACGACAAAUUGUUGUCGGCAUGCUUGUUCAACAAAGAAACUACGCGCGGCUGCACCUUCCGAAGUGAACCGACUGAUGGUUGGACGAAGAAGACGUUCUUCGCAACGGGCUACGCCGAAUCCGUGCUCCAGUCCGGGCAAAGCGCGGAGUUAACCUUCGAGCAUCCCGUCCAGUCGAGCAACGGCCGGCUCUGCGUCGAGAUCGAAUACAACAAGGGACCUAACGUGGCCGGAAUGCCUGACCGCGGACUCUUCAACCUUCUUGUGACUCCUGUCGAGAGGCCGGAGCGCCAGAGGACCAUCAACCUGUCCGGAGGAGCUACAAAUGUCAUGCACAUGCGGGUUACACUCAACUAUAACGUUGCCAUACAGAUUGGCUUCUCAUUCGUCGUGCCAGGAGGAAGUUCGGCCCAGUACGUCAACAUUCACAAGGUUGCCAUCUACGAUAAAGCUUGCUCCGACUGAUGCGGUUAAUGUUCCACAUUCCACAAUAAACAGUUUCAUCUGGUUAGUCCAAUAC